AUGGGGAACAAAAUUAUCAACCAUCGCCUAAGGAUGAAAUAUUUUAUCUCCCCUGUGGGAACGGAGGACUGGUUCACAUACCUAAAGGAGCGCUCAGCCGUUGAAAUCCAAUGGAAGUAUUAUUGGUUGAAGCCACGACGUGCCAUUAUAAGAGGAAAUGAACUUUACUUUAUUGAGCUUAUCGGUUUGAAUGGUGUGCAACCAUACGCACCACUUCGAGUCUUUCGACAAUUCGGACAGAUCCAAAUGAUACCUCUGCGAUCCCACAUGAGGCACUAUGGAUAUGACUUUGGGUCAGAAUUACCGCAAGUGAACACUAUAUUGCGAAGAUGGAAGAAUGUGAUAACUAUCGAUGUUCAAGAGCACCGACCCUUCUGCACACCUGAAUACUACGUGUGGCUUUUAGAAGACGCAAAGCAUAGAGAUUUGAGCGAAGGAGGUCUUCCUGGUUUUGGCGAUGAAAAAGAGAGAAGAUGGGCUCGCAGCCUUCUCAACACCGAUUAUGACAUUACCCCAGAAAUGAGGAAGCAGAUCGUUGAUCUGUCCUUCAUCCUGGCACAUACACGAUCAAAAGGGACCCCCCUUCUCCUUCUUCUCAAAGAGCAAGCUCCAAAGACAAAGAACUGCCCGAAGGAUACAAGCUUCCAAAAUUUGAUGUUCAAUGGCAUUGGGGAUCCCAAAGCCCACCUAGGAAUGUACUGUGACAAACUUGUAGGUGUGGGAAGAGACGAGAGGAUACUCAUGAAGUUGUUUAUGAGGAGUCUUACUGGGGAGGCCCUAGCAUGGUAUAUUGAGCAAGACUCGCGGAAAUGGGUAGAGUGGGUUGAUAUGGCAACUGAUUUCACGAAUAGGUUUGGUUUUAAUAUUGAAAAUGCACCUGAUUGGUUUUACAUUCCAAAUUUGAAGAAGAAACCGAGUGAAUCCUUCAGAGAAUAUGCCAUAAGAUGGAGGUCUGAAGCGGCUAGGGCCAGACCCCCUAUGGAGGAAUCUCAGAUGAAAGACUACUUCAUUCGUGCCCAAGAACCACAAUACUAUGACCGAAUGAUGCUGGUGGCUGAAAAGAGUUUCGUUGAAAUCAUCAAACUAGGCGAAAGAAUUGAAGAAGGCAUAAAGAAUGGGAAUAUAAUCAAUUUGGAAGCUUUACAAGCAACCAACAAGGCUCUGCAAUCUGGUGGAAUGACAGAAAAUCGAAAGAAAACAGGUUCUGUAAUGAUGGCUCAUGGAACUAAGACCCCUUUGAGGCACAAGACAACAAACCCACCACCAUCCCCAUACCCUCACACCCCAUACCCUCAACAUCCCUCAGCUCCACUCCCUAUAUCUCCCCAACCCAUGCUAAUAUAUUACCAAAACGCUCCCCCUCAAUAUUUGCAUGCCUCAUAUCUUGUCUAUAAUGUUCAACCAACACACUUCCAAACUCCACCACCCACUCAAACACCAAAUUACCGAAAUAGACCUCCCUAUGAAAUAAGACCUACAAAAAUUUAUACCCCUUUGGCUGAAUCCAUAACACAACUUUAUGAAAGACUGAAACAGGCUGGGUACGUCUCCCCAAUUUCUGCAUUACCUGUGGAUGUUCGCGCAAAAUGGUACGACCCUAACAAGGUCUGCGCCUACCAUUCUGGGAUGAAGGGUCACACCACCGAAGUUUGCAGAGCCCUUAAGGAUAAGGUUCAAAUGUUGAUUGAUACAAAAACCAUCCAACUCAAGGAUCCUACACCAAAUGUUGCGAAUAAUCCUCUUCCUAACCAUCAAGUCAACAUGGUGGAAGAUGGUGAUGUCUGGGAUUGGGAAGAAUCUAUCUGGACCCUCGAAACAGAAGAAGCCAUGUCUACCACCGCCCCAGCACCGCUAAUAGUGCAAGGACUCGCCCCAUUUGAAGUAGAAGUUGCUGCACCCAGACCACCGUUCACUGUCUAUAGGGCAUCUUCCCCAAUACAAUGUGAUACACAUGUUGUACCUUGGGAAUACAACAAAAGAGAAACGAAAGUGGAAGAGACAGAUGUUGCAACAGGGGUCACCAGAUCUGGAAGAAUUUACACUUCUGAAAUUUUGGUUCAGGGAAGCUCUAGCAAAUCCAAAGCACCAGUCGUAGAGUUUGAAGAUCAAGGUAUUUGGAAAAAGGUUCAAGCUAAAGAAUACUCUGUCAUUGAGCAGCUGAGUAAAACCCCAUCCCAAAUAUCAAUUCUGGCGUUACUGCAAUCUUCCGAAACUCAUCGAAAUGCCCUUCUGAAGAUCCUUGGUGAAGCUUAUGUCCCAUCUAACAUCACUCAUGGAGAGGUAGCCCAAAUGGUGGGGCAGGAUAAGGUGACAAACAAAGCAUUAGUUGAUGCAGGUUCAGGUUUAAACAUUUGCCCUUUGAGCACACUGACGAGGCUGGGCGUGGAUAGUGCAAAAAUUCAGACAUGGAAGAUGAAUGUGAGGGCAUUUGACGGCUCUCAGAGAGGCACUAUUGGGGAGAUAACCUUGGACAUGCUCAUUGGUCCUGUCACUUUCCCCAUAGCUUUCCAAAUUUUGGACAUCCCUUUAUCGUACAACUUAUUGUUGGGUAAUCCAUGGAUUCAUAUGGCUGGAGCAGUUCCAUCUACUCUUCACCAAUGCUUGAAGUUUGAAUGGGAUUACGAAGAGGUUCUAGUCCAUGGAGAAAAAGGGCAUCCUGUAUACACGAUUAAAGGAAGAGAGCACAUGGAUGGUGAAAUGUACCAUAUAGUGGAGCUUGUUGGUAAUAUUGAGUUGCAACCAUGCAAAAUUCACUAUAAAAAUGUCGAAUCUGAGACUAUGGCAUACAAUGAGACUGCUCAACUUAACAUUAAUGACUUAGAAGAAGUCAAAGACAAUGAGGUUCCCGAGGAGUUAAUCAAAAGGGUUGAGGAAUUCGAGGAAAACCCCAAUCCAAACUUGGUAGAGACAGAAGUGAUGAAUUAG